AUGUCCAGUCAAUGCGCAAAUAGACGCGCGGGAGGGCCGAUCGUCCCUGAUCGUGCAUCCUCUCGCCCAGCGUCGUCGCGUCGUCGUCAUCCCUCGCGAGCUGAGCCUGCUCCCGUGUGCGUGGCCGUCCCUCUGCGCGCCUGCCCUGCACGCCUGCCUUCCGAGCCUGCCUGCCUCCUCUCUGACAUCUGCGACAUGCGAUCGCUCCCUCGCAUCCAAGGCGACGUCCGCUGCACGCAAUGGCGCACGCGCGUGCAUCCUACCAGCGUCGACAAUCCGACGACGGGAACCCGGCCUCAGCGUGCCUCGGCGCGCAUCAGCGCACACAGACUUGGGCCCAUCACGAGCGCGAGCAUCAGACGCAAGACGUGGGAUCUUGCAGGGAACGCGCAGACUUUGAGCAGCAUGAUCGACCCGCUCAACACACGCACCGCGAGCGCGCCUCCGGAGAAGACACCAGAUGUCGAGGCUGCAGACAACGGCAAACGCCUCGUGCAGCGUCAGGCAUCGCUCAAUGGAUCCCGGCCCUGCGACCCUCUUGACAAUGCACGCGCUCUAACAAUCACAUCCCUCACGUACGUCGUCCGGCCCUCUGUCAUUGACUUCCCGGUCACUAUCUACUCACAAAUAUACGCCCACGUCCCGCACGCUCACAGCUCGACGACCACACAUCUAGACGUUUGCCCGCAACCGAGGCUGUGCCCAACCGCCGCCGCCGAUAUUCCAAACAGCUCGCUACGCCCUCCGCACGCCGCACGCCAGCCUGGAACCGAGACGACGGCCCUCGCCUGCAUCAAACCGCUGCCGGUGCUUCAGGGCAACAACGAUGGUGCAAAUUGUCGGUUCCACAACGCCAGCGCCGUCAGACUUCCCCGGACGCGCAACAUCAAUACGACACCCCCCGCGUCCCCGCCCGCGUACCUGGGCGCGGUCAUUCUGCCUGACGCGGACGGACGCCCUCGCCGACGUGCGCACCCGCCACGUCUACCCGCCGCAAGCCCCCACAUCGCCCGUCACCCUCAACGCUCCGGUAGCGACGCCCGCGUCGCACGCAGCGUCCCCGCGCGAUCGAUGCUGCGCCCGCGCGUGCGCAUCCUCGCAUUUGCGCCAUUCGCAGAUGCACCGCAGCCCGGAGCGGAGGGGCGGCACACGGCCGCCGUCGCAGACACCAUUGAGUCGAGUCGGAGGCUGGGUGCACAGCAGAACACGUCGAGCCGCGCGCUGCAGCACGUCUAUUCGAGUGAGUCUACCGUCGCGAAGCCAUCAGCGUCCGUCUGCGUGUCCUGGGUCUGUGCCCGCGCUCUGCCUGUGCCGACGCCCGCGCUCUGCACGACGCCUCCCCCGCCAUCUUCUGGCCUAAUGCGCACGCCGGGCCCACGACCACAUGAGCCUCGAGCGACCGUGGGUGGCGUCGCGGAUGGAGCGCGCGUGCGCGCGCAGUCUCCCGCACUCGGUCAAGACGCGCUGCCCAUGCCGUCGCGCGCGCCCGCAGCUGCUGCUGCAUUACUACAAAUGCGCUUAGAAGUGUAA